UUGUGUUUGUAUUUCUCCCCUUUAAGAAAAGUUGAUGCAUUAUGUCAGGUAUAUUACACGACUUUCUGUAUUGUUACAGCUGUUCUUGUUCAUUUCAGAAAUGAGGGCUCAUUAACAUCAACUCUAAGAACACUUCUGUUCUUCACAGCUCUGAUGAUCAUAUUGCCUAUUGGGCUGUACUUCUCUUCAAAAGUUUAUGUAUUUGAAGGUACCUUGGGAAUGUCCAACAGAGACAGCUAUUUUUAUGCUGCCAUCGUUGCUGUAGUUACUGUUCAUGUGGUACUUGCUCUCUUUGUCUAUGUAGCUUGGAAUGAAGGGUCUCGACAGUGGCGUGAAGGCAAGCAGGAUUAAAGGAAGCAUCGCCGUUUGGUAUCCACAGCCUGAAGACUGGAUAUUUGUGGGUGGAAUGAAAAACAUUCUUGUGCUGUGUACACAUACAAAGUAGAAGGGAAUGUCUCUGGGCUCUGAAGGCCUGUAUGUGAAUAGUUCAAGAUUUUGUGCCAUGUCAUCUGAAUACUAAUAAUUUGUUAAUAGUGAACACUUGUAAUUUUAAUCAGCUGCUACUUGGCACAGUGGAAGAGGCCUUCACCUGAAACGAGUGGAGUGACAAAGGAAUGUGUGUAUUGUAUGUAUACAACAAGUGUGGGAUCUUUUUACAGUUCUGAUCUGCUGUAACAAGACAAAGAAAUUGAGAAACAACUAUGGUCAGUCAAGAAGCAAAAUUAUGUAUUCCUAAUGUGAAGUUACCUGUAAAAAGAAUGAGCAACGUAGUAGAACUGAAACAGAUUUGAUUUGAUUCCCACUUCAUCUGGGUGGAUGUGCAGUUUUAAGAUCAUGGAAUCAUAUUGACCAUUACUUUGUGCUACUCAGUCAUGGUAGUAGAGCAUACAGUUUACAUUUUUGGUGGAAGAACAGCCAGGGAUUGUUUUUUUUUAAAUAAUCCUGAAAGGGAAUUCUUGAGCAAAAGGUCUUGCAUCCUGGAGAGUGGUGGUUAAAAUGUUUAUGGGAAUUGUGAGCUAUCAGAACAACAAAAGAGAGGAUGUAUUCUUAAAGUUUCACUAUCAAGUAGUAACAUCUCAGGUUCACUGAAAAUCAUUGGUUUGCAUCAAAACAUGAUCUGACUCCUACUAUUCAUUUCCAGAAAAAGUUACUGAAUAAACUACAAAGAACCAUGUAGUGUGGUAUCUUA